CUACUGUAGGAACCGUGCAGCUUAAUAUUAUGUUUUAGUCGGAUAUAUAAAGUAGACGGACUCGUAUUUCACGUUGGGGGUCAAGUGCUUCGAAAAUGUGUUCAUUUUGUCCUUAAAAUGUCAAGUUUUUCCAGAUCUGCUCAGCAAUGGGCGACCUUCGCCCGUUCCUGGUUCCUCAUUGAUGCCAGGAUGCAACCGCCCGGCAAGAUCGCAACCGCGUGUUCUGUUAGACUGCAGGGCAAACACAAGCCCAUCUACCAUGCACGGAGUGACUGUGGUGAUCACGUCGUGAUAAUAAACUCCAAACACAUCGCUUUCUCUGGAAACAAGUGGGAGCAGAAAGUCUACUCGUCUCACACAGGGUUUCCUGGUGGAUUCAAGCAAGUCACAGCUGCUCAGCUCCACCAAAAGGAUCCAAAAGCCAUUGUGAAGCUGGCGAUUUAUGGCAUGCUGCCUCGGAAUUUGCACCGGCGCACAAUGAUGCAACGAUUACACAUCUUUUCUGAAGACGAGUUACCAGAGGACAUCAGAGCCAACCUGACAGAGGAGCUCCCUCAGCCCAGAGAGAUCCCCAGGAAGCUCAGCGAGUACACUCAGGAGGAGAUCGACGCCUUCCCCAGGCUGUGGACGCCACCUGAAGACUACAAGAUGAAAUGACUAAAGCUGUUUUUGUCUACAAGCAAAUCUGGAAGCAACAGGAUUGAAACAAGAAGCAUUUAUUUUUUAUGGGUUCCUGGUACAUUAAAAAUGUUGUAUUGUGUUAUUUUAGCAAACAUUUUAUUUAAUGUUUUUCCAAACCUGGCAUCGAGUUCUGCCUGGACUCUGAGCUCUAAGGUAACUCAGAUGCCAACAGCAGAAACACACAGAAGCUCUCGUUUGGCAGCGAGGGGCCACAGCUGAACCCACAGCAGACCUGAGUGAUCCAGGAGCAGCUUGAGGUUUCUCCAUGUGGCUCAGCUCUGAUCAGAGAAAAUCAGAUUCUGGGGCUUUUCCUCUGAUCACGCCACCAUGAAACCAUCUGAUCUUGCCCCGUGGACGUGACAUCUGUUAGAGCUGCUGGGGCCUUUUGGAGCCAAUUUGUUUCUAUGGCAACGUCAUUGUGAUGCAAAUGCCAACCUUGGUCAUGACUUGUUUUUUUGAUUGUUUCCUGAGGUUUGUGAGAUCAAACUGGUCGUGUAGAUGAAGAAAAACAGACUAAUAAACAAUUUGUUGAACCUUU